GAAUCGGUGAUGGUGGAAAUGAGUUGGGGAUGGGUAAGCUGAAGGAAAAGGUGACAACCCUGAUGCCGAAUGGGAGUCUCAUAGCCUGUGAUGUUCCCGCUGACUACGCCAUCACUGCUGGGGUGUCUAACUGGGGAGGAUAUGCUGUAGCCUGUGGGCUCUACCUGCUUCACACCUGUCCCUCCCACCAGCGAUACCUAAAGAAAGGACUUGGACUGGAACACACAACCCCCCGAGAACAGCUCCAGGACUGGACUGCUAACCUGCCAUCUGUGGACAAGGAGGAGUCUAUCCUUUCCACUCUGGUGCGUUUUGGGAUUAGAAGUGGAAAAACUGGUCACCUGGCCAUGGAAGUGGAUGGUUUGACCUUUCACCCCACACACUCUGAUAUCAUCACCAGACUACUGGAAGUCACACUGGGCUCCACCACUCCAAACCCUUGAUCGACUGCUCCUGUCUAGAGGGAUAGUUCAAGUCAAUUGCCCAUCUGUGAGAUAGAGUAUUAACCUUGAUGCUAACCGGUGUGGCGACUGAGGCCAAAUAGCUGUGAAUGCUCAUUAAGCUUAGAGUCCUGAGAAUGUAGCACCAGACAGGGAAACACACUGAAGCAUGCACAGGCACACAUACACAGACUCACAAUCAAUCAAUGUUCCACUGGGUGCAAUUGUGUUACCUCUCUACUCAGACUGCCGAAAGGAAGUGAGAGAGAGAAAAAAAAGAAUGACAAGAGAGAUGUGUGUGUGUGUGUGUGUGUGUUUGUGUGAGAGAGAGGGAGUGAGAUUUUAGAUGCCUUGGUUACCUUUCAGCCCUCUUCCUUGACUACCAGUGACAAAGUGAAGUAGACUCAAGUAAAACCAGCUCUCUUUUUUCCUCUCCCUCUCUCUGUCCGCCUCGCUAAUGAAUAAAUCAGAGUUCUGGUAUGACUUUGAUGCCUUUAAAGAACAGAAAUGUUUUAAAAUACACUUUAGAAUGGCAGAGGUUAUUCGUUGUAUUGUUGCUGACAGGAACUAGCCGAUGAUGUGUGACCAAAUGUAUCUUUCGCACAGAUUGGCAAUGUUUUAUGCCUCUAAUGGGCUCAAUGACAUUAAUGGGUCUUAAACAUUAACAGUUGCUCGUCAGUCCCCAAGUAUCUUAACAGUUCGUGUACCGGGCUGCUUCUUCAUUUUGACAUUGUCUCGAUCAGUUAAGCUUCAUGGUUGCCGUGCCAGAGAUCCUCUGUUCUAAUCUCGAGCAUUUAAUGUAGCACCAAGGCAGUUAUGUAGCUAGUGAUUUGUGUUUGCCACGACUGUCACUUUGAACGCAGGCAUAUAUGCAGUUUAAUUCCCGCGCCUUGGUGCUCAAGAGUUCACAGCAUUUGCUUCCAACUGACGGCGUCCCAGAUAAAUUGUUCUAUUCAUGUGUGACAGUUAAUUUAACAGACAUCAACACUAGCCGUUCCCACACCUGGCAUCAAAAUGCAGUCUGUAUCUGGAUAUCAUAUCUGGAGAAGGAAGAACAUAUUAAUGCAAGUGUAAAUGCAUUUAGAAUGUAUUGGGAUCAGAAUGCCAUUAGAUUACAUUCUGCGGGUGAUUUAAUAUUUAAUUAUCGGAUCGGAUGUCAUUAUCCAGAUAAUGCAUCCAGGUACAGAUCGUAUGUUAAUACCAGUUCUAAAUGGGUGCUUUUUGUAAACUGUAAGCAAAGACCAAUGACAGCCCAGUCAAAACUGGGAAAACUGACUCAAACUUCACCUAAAAUAUCCAGCAAAGUCAGUUUUUGCUCAGUUUACAUAGUUGGUCUUGAGGUUCAGGAGUUUGUUGAGGUACAUUAUUCUAAACACUGACCAUUCAUUGGUCUGAUUUUAACACCUUUCAGUGCAACUCGGACACAUCAUCAGCGAUGUUACAUGGCUUCAUCAUGUGUUUUGGGUCUUUCAACAUCAGAUACCAUUGCCCAGGUCCAGGAGUGAUCAGGCCUCUCAGAUGUUAUUAAUGGUUCUCCUGAUGGGUUGGGGUUGAGUCCCCUAUAGAGUGACUAGCCUGCGAAGCAUUUUCACUCGACCUCGAUGGACUCCCACUGGGCCCUCCAUCCCCUGGUUUGAAGCCCCUCAGACUUGCCCCUCUUGCUCUUGAAGUCCUCCUCCAUCUGGUCUUCCCAGGGAACAGUGAACUCCAGCAAGACCACUUGUCUUGUUGUUUCCAACACCAGGGCCAUGUCUGGCCUAAUGCUGCGUUCCAUGCGACUCAGAACUCGGAAUUUUUCCAACUAAGAACUAAAAAGUAUAUUUGCUUGUAUUUUAUUAAAAUAAUACAUCCUAAAAUAUCGUGUAAAACCUGUUCUGAAUGUAAAUUGAUGUAAAAAAUAUAUUGCCAAUGUCAUUAUAGGUACACCAAGGGUGCUGCUGAGGGUUCCAUUGUGUGUCCACUUGACAAAGAACCAUCAGGGGUUUUUUCACUUUCGGUGUCAUGAACCAUCAUGCACCUGUAACGCUUUCAGGUCGGAAGUCGGAAAAUUUCAACUGGGAAAUAUCCAAGUACCGAGCAGUCUGGAACGCAGCAUGGGUGUAGUCCUUAAGAUUGUGUCUGGGAUGAGCUGUCUCAAGUUCAACCUUUAGCUGCCAGUCCCGUGCUGUAGCCAGGAGCCCCUCCUGGUGGGUUGGGAACAAUGGGUGUCUAGUAAUGUGUCAGUUCUUAAAAGCAAACUUUUCACCCCCAAAAGAAGCAACUUCAAUAUCUGUCAAACAUUAUGAUGAUUAGCAAAACGAUUUGCUCCGCAACAACACUGAACUGUGUAGUAAAAUAUUGCAGGAACUGAAGCUUUUAUUUAAAUGUUGGCAGGAAAAUUAGUUUGUGCAGAUUAUAAUGUAAUUUAAAUAAAAUAUGAUGUGUGCAAUCUGAA